AAAAAAAAGAAAAAUGUCCGACCCAAAUAGUGCGGUGGUCUAACUACUCCCAUUAGGACAGCGCUAAACUAAGCAGAGUUCUCAGACUUCAGAGCAACGGCUCCGAAUGCGACUCUCUCGCUUGCGAUCUCGCCUUUCCCUAGAUUUCUGAUCGUACCGGAAGAUUCAUUGCUCUACCAUGGCUGUUCCCGUGGAAGAAGCUAUUGCCGCGCUAUCUACAUUUUCGCUCGAGGAUGAGCAAGCACAAGUGCAAGGACCAGGAUUUUGGGUGUUUACCGAUAGAGGUUCAACUGAAAGUCCAAUUGAGUAUAGUGAUGUUUCGGCAUAUCGCCUAUCUCUAUCAGAAGACACAAAGGCUCUCAAUCAGCUGAAUGCCCUUAUCCAAGAAGGAAAGGAGAUGGCAUCAGUGCUUUAUACAUAUCGCAGUUGUGUCAAAGCACUUCCUCAGCUUCCUGAUUCUAUGAAACAAAGUCAAGCUGACUUGUAUAUGGAAACAUAUCAAGUUCUGGACUUGGAGAUGAGUCGUCUGCGUGAAAUACAGCAAUGGCAAGCCUCAGCUUCAUCUAAACUAGCUGCAGACAUGCAACGGUUUUCUAGGCCUGAGCGACGCAUCAAUGGCCCUACAGUAUCUCAUCUGUGGUCCAUGUUAAAGUUACUUGAUGUUUUAGUGCAACUUGAUCAUCUUAAAAAUUCUAAAGCAAGCAUACCCAACGAUUUUUCUUGGUAUAAAAGGACAUUCACACAAGUUAGUGUUCAGUGGCAUGACACUGAUUCAAUGAGAGAGGAGUUAGAUGAUUUGCAGAUUUUCCUCAGCACAAGGUGGGCUAUUUUGCUGAAUUUACACGUUGAGAUGUUCCGCGUGAACAAUGUAGAAGACAUCCUUCAAGUUCUCAUAGUCUUUGCCGUUGAGUCAUUGGAGUUGGAUUUCGCACUUCUGUUUCCAGAGCGACACAUUCUUCUGCGUGUUUUGCCUGUUCUUGUUGUCUUAACAACAUCGUCAGAGAAGGAUAGUGAGUCUCUAUACAAGAGGGUGAAAAUCAACAGACUAAUUAACAUAUUUAAGAACGAUCCAGUCAUUCCUGCAUUUCCAGAUCUUCAUCUUUCUCCUGCUGCAAUUAUGAAAGAGUUGUCGAUGUACUUUCAAAAGUUUUCUGCUCAAACUCGUCUUCUUACUAUUCCAGCGCCUCAUGAGCUUCCACCCCGCGAAGCACAAGAUUACCAGAGGCAUUAUCUGAUAAUCAAUCACAUUGGAUCUAUCCGUGCCGAGCAUGAUGAUUUUACUAUUCGUUUUGCCUCUGCCAUGAACCAGCUCUUGUUGUUGAAAUCACUAGAUAAUGUAGAUGUUGAGUGGUGUAAAGAAGUCAAGGGAAACAUGUACGAUAUGGUGGUUGAAGGUUUUCAGCUUUUAAGCAGAUGGACUGCACGAGUAUGGGAACAAUGUGCAUGGAAGUUUUCUCGGCCCUGCAAGGAUCUUGUUCCUGUGGAAUUGCAGGAGAGUUCGGCAUCAUUUUCUGACUAUGAAAAGGUUGUGCGAUAUAAUUAUAGUGCAGAGGAAAGGAAAGCACUGGUCGAGCUUGUUAGCUACAUAAAAAGCAUUGGGUCAAUGAUGCAGCAAUGUGACACAUUGGUUGCUGAUGCUUUAUGGGAAACUAUACAUGCAGAGGUCCAAGAUUUUGUCCAGAAUACAUUGGCUACUAUGUUGCGAACUACAUUCCGGAAGAAGAAGGAUAUUUCUAGGAUUCUUUCUGAUAUGCGGACCCUUUCAGCAGAUUGGAUGGCAAACACAAGCAAGUCUGAAGCUGAGUUACAAUCUUCGCAGCAUGGAGGUGAUGAAAGCAAAGGAAAUUUCUUUUUCCCAAGGCCUGUUGCGCCAACGGCUUCUCAGGUCCACUGCUUGCAGUUCCUGAUAUAUGAGGUGGUGUCUGGUGGUAAUCUGAGGAAGCCUGGAGGGCUCUUUGGUAAUAGCGGGUCUGAGAUUCCUGUCAACGAUAUGAAACAGUUGGAAACCUUCUUUUACAAGCUCAGCUUUUUCCUACAUAUAUUGGAUUUCUCAGCAACCGUUGCAACAUUGACAGAUCUUGGUUUCCUAUGGUUUAGAGAAUUUUAUGUGGAGUCAUCUCGUGUUAUUCAGUUUCCGAUUGAAUGUUCCCUUCCCUGGAUGUUGGUCGAUUAUGUGCUUGAGUCGCAAAAUAUGGGUCUUCUUGAGAGUGUUCUGAUGCCUUUUGACAUCUAUAAUGACUCGGCUCAGCAAGCAUUAACUGUGCUGAAACAACGCUUCCUCUAUGAUGAAAUUGAAGCUGAGGUCGACUACUGCUUUGAUAUAUUUGUUUCAAAACUCUGCGAGACUAUCUUUACAUAUUACAAGAGCUGGGCAGCAAGUGAACUACUUGAUCCAUCUUUCCUCUUCGCACUAGAUAAUGGUGAAAAGUUUUCUAUCCAACCUAUGAGGUUUACUGCUCUGCUAAAGAUGACUAGAGUGAAGUUACUUGGGAGGACAAUUAAUUUGAGAAGCUUGAUCACUGAAAGGAUGAACAAAAUUUUGAGAGAGAAUCUCGAGUUUCUCUUUGAUCGUUUCGAGUCUCAGGACCUAUGUGCUAUAGUGGAAUUGGAGAAGUUGACGGACGUUUUAAAGCAUGCCCAUGGUUUGCUGUCAAUGGAUAUUUCAAUUGACUCAUUCAGUCUUAUGUUGAAUGAGAUGCAAGAGAACAUAUCUCUCGUGUCAUUUUCUAGUCGACUUGCUUCUCAGAUAUGGUCAGAGAUGCAAAAUGACUUUCUGCCGAACUUCAUCCUUUGCAACACUACCCAGAGAUUUAUCCGAUCAUCAAAGGUUCCACUUGCACCCGUGCAAAAGCCUUCAGUUCCCUAUGCAAAGCCUAAUUUCUAUUGUGGUACUCAAGAUUUAAAUUUGGCUCAUCAAAGUUUUGCACGGUUGCAUAGUGGAUUCUUUGGAAUUCUCCACAUGUUCUCAAUUGUCAGGCUCCUAGGAUCUAGAUCUCUUCCUUGGCUCAUUAGAGCUCUUCUAGAUCACGUAUCAAAUAAGAUAACUACACUUGAACCAAUGAUUGCGGGAUUGCAAGAAGCACUGCCAAAGUCUAUUGGAUUACUUCCUUUUGAUGGAGGCGUGGCAGGUUGUAUGAGACUUGUUAAAGAACAUCUCAAUUGGAGAACGAAAUCAGAGCUAAAGUCGGAGGUUCUUCGAGGGAUAAAAGAGAUUGGAAGUGUGUUAUAUUGGAUGGGUCUCCUCGAUAUUGUAUUGAGAGAGGUAGAUACCUCGCACUUCAUGCAAACAGCCCCUUGGUUAGGGUUGCUUCCUGGUCCAGACGGGCAAGUAUUGCAUUCUCAAGAUGGUGGAGACAGUCCUAUCGUCAGUCUCUUCAAAUCAGUCACUGCUGCAAUUGUGUCUAAUCCGGGAUGUAGAAAUCCAAUCUCUUUCAACAUCCUCUCAAAACAGGCAGAAGCCGCUGAUCUUUUAUACAAGGCUAACAUGAAUACUGGAAGUGUGCUCGAAUAUGCCCUUGCUUUUACAAGUGCAGCACUGGAUAAGUGUUGCAGUAAAUGGGGUGCUAUUCCCAAAACAGGGUUUGUUGACAUUACGACUUCUAAGGAUUUCUACCGAAUAUACAGUGGCCUUCAAAUUGGAUAUCUGGAAGAGUCUGUUCUAGCAUCAUCAGGCAACCAUGAAGAGCUGGGUGAUUCAGUGGCUUGGGGUGGUUGCACCAUAAUAUAUUUGCUCGGCCAGCAGCGACAUUUUGAGUUGUUUGAUUUUUCGUAUCAAGUUCUCAAUGUUGCAGAAGUGGAGACCGCAUCGACCACACAAUCACUUAGGAACCCUCAUUUUGUCCAGGGAUGGGAGGUCCUAAUAGAAUCAAUGAAGAAGGCGAGGAGGUUGAACAAUCACGUAUUCUCCAUGUUAAGAGCGCGGUGCCCUCUUGAAGACAAAACAGCUUGUGCCAUCAAGCAAAGUGGUGCCCCUAUACACCGAAUCAAGUUGGCAUUCGAAACACUACCACAGAAAGGGGCGUGAGCUCUGAAGAAGCUCACAAUUAUGGCGACUUCCAUGGCGUUUUCUAUGCAUUCUUUGUAUUUACCUAUUUAAAGGUUGUCGAGUUGGGUUUUUUUUUUUUUUUUUUUUUUUUUUUUUUUUUUUUUUUUCUGAGAAUGUAAUGUUUCAGUUACACACACUAGUAUGGAAUUCAAUGGUGUGUAUAUGAGAAAUUGAGACUUAGGGAAGGUCGAGAGAGAUAGAGUGGCAUCUAGCUUUUAUUUCUGAUAAUGAGUCGUCGAUGAAAUGCGCAUUCUUCUGGUUGUCAGAUGCACCUUUUCUCAAUAAGAAAUCCACAUUG